AGUGCUUUAGUUUUCCCUAGGUUUUCAUUUCUCUUCCUCUCUGCAAAACAAUGAAACCAACCUUCAUUUUCGGAAGCAAAAUAAAUUCCCCAGAAAUUUCCAAUUCUGGAUUUCAAUUUUAUUUUUAUUUUCAUUUCUCAAAUGUCACUUCCUUUGAAUCCUACAAAUCAAUAAUAAUAAUCUUAAAAUCAAAUUGAGUUUUCAUGGCUGGGCGUUACGAAAACAAUCCGUUUGAAGAUGAGGAAGUAAAUCCUUUCGCUAAUCCUGGAACUGUUCCCCCUGUUCAGAACUCAAAGCUUUCACCUCUUCCUCAUGAACCUGCCGACUAUGAUCGCGGUGCGACAAUUGAUAUUCCACUUGACUCGACGAAGGAUUUAAAGAAGAAGGAGAAGGAGCUCCAGGCCAAGGAGGCUGAACUAAAUAAAAGGGAACAGGAGCUAAAACGGAAGGAAGAUGCUAUUGCACGAUCUGGAAUUGUUAUAGAGGAGAAAAACUGGCCGCCCUUUUUCCCCCUCAUUCAUCAUGAUAUUGCAAACGAAAUACCUAUUCAUUUACAGCAGUUGCAGUAUGUGGCAUUUACGACUUUGUUAGGAUUAUGUAUUGCACUCACUUGGAACAUCGUUGCAGUUACAACAGCCUGGAUCAAAGGAGAAGGUGUGACGAUUUGGUUGCUUGCUUGUAUCUACUUCAUAUCUGGGGUUCCCGGAGGAUAUGUGUUGUGGUACCGCCCUCUUUAUCGUGCAAUGAGGACUGAAAGUGCCUUGAACUAUGGAUGGUUUUUCAUGUUUUACGCUCUUCACAUAUGCUUUUGUGUGUUUGCUUCAGUUGCCCCUCCAAUUGUUUUCAAAGGAAAAUCACUCACAGGGAUUCUGCCCGCCUUAGAUGUUAUGACAGGGAACGCUCUGGUUGGGGUUUUCUACUUCAUUGGAUUUGGAAUCUUUGCUAUUGAAUCCCUUCUUAGCAUCUGGGUUAUUCAGCAAGUAUACUCAUAUUUCAGAGGUAGUGGCAAAGCUGCGGAGAUGAAGCGUGAAGCAACCAGAGGAGCCGUGAGGGCAGCAAUGCAAUAAUUUGAUCUGAUGCUGGUAUAAACUUUUUUGCCGCUAUCAAUAUCGUACAGGCUAGCUCUCAUCUUACAUAUUACCAUAGGCCGGAGGCUUAUAUCAAGGCGUUUCUUUUUGUUUCUCAUAAAAAGAGAGAGACUUUUGAUGACUGAACGGGUAGAUGGUAGUUAGAAGAAACAAGUUUAAAUCUGAGAAGAAAUCUCCAUUUUUUAUGCUUCGUGUAGAGGCUGAUUUACCAUUCUUUCAUUUUGUGAUAUUCUUUCUGAUUUUGAACAAAAUGGUUACUUAGAGAAUAAAAGUUUAAGAGCUAUUUGCAUACUUUUUAUGUUAUUAGCAUAUAUGCCGGGACAGUAUUUUCCUGUUAUUGUAUCGAAUACUUUGUACAUGCUAUGUAGUAACCUUUUAAUACAUUUUUUUUCUUCCUGAUUUCA